AUGCAACUUGGUCAACUGUCAAAAAGGGUUGAAACCAUAGAAAAGAAUCAGCUCAGGGUUAAUACUGAUGUUAAUCCUAAGGAGGAGUGUCAUGUUGUUGUAACAGGGGAGAAAAGAAAACUCGAGGAGGAAGUUAUUGAGCUAGAAAGUAGUAAGGAAGAAGAUGAAGAGAUGAGUGAGAGUGAUGAGAUUGGUGAAGAGAGAGAAGAAGGGUUCAAAAAAACUGAGAGAAGAAGAGAUGAUCUAGAUACAGAUGAGGAAGAACAGGAAGUGGUUGCACAACCAAGAAAGAAACACCAUCCACCUAAAAUGAAGGAUCCAGGAUGGGGGAGUAGGUCUGGAGUAGCUGGAGCACUAGGCGGAGAUGAGGAUGACCAGGAGGAUGAUUUUAAGGAUGCAGAGGCUGGUGAUGAGGAUGACUCAGAUGAGGACAUGGACUGA